UUUGUAGAUAAACUUGUUGAUAACAGGGCCCUGGGAAAUGAAGUGCACAAUCCCAGAAAUCUCAUGGCACAAUAAAGAUCCGGUGCUUACAGUGGAUGUCCAGCCUUGCAAAGAAGAUGCAUUCUACCGAGUGGCAACUGGAGGGGCUGACUGUCACAUUGUGAUCUGGCUUGUCAAGGUGACAGAUCGUGGAUAUGCUGAGUUGGAAUGCAUGGCUGACCUUACCCGUCACAAUCGAGCUGUCAAUAUUCUUCGCUUCUCACCCAGUGGCACAGUGUUAGCUUCUGCUGAUGAUGAAGCUGUGAUCUGUCUCUGGUGUGAGCAAGAAGGGGAAAGCUCAGCACCUGAUAUUUUCUCUGACAAGGAGUCAGAAUCCCAAUGGAAGGAGAAGUGGAAUGUAUGGAAAGUCCUCCGAGGGCAUCUUGAAGAUAUCUAUGAUCUCUCCUGGUCUCCAGAUGGCAAUUUUUUGCUCUCUGGUUCCAUUGACAAUUCUGCCAUCAUAUGGGAUGUACAUAAGGGAAUGGAGAACCAAGAUAAAGAAGACCCAGGGCUACAGAGGUUGUUCCAUGAUGAGACGCUGCAAACAUUUAGCCGACGACUUGGCUUCUCUCCAGAUGGCAAUCUCCUCUUUGUUCCCACUGGGGUUUUGGAACCCCCAUCAACUUCAGAUGUUUCCAAUGAUCUGCCUCCCAUCUAUGCCUGCCUUGUCUUCUCCCGUCAUUCCUUAGCCAGGCCAGUGGCAUAUCUGCCAAGUGGGAAGGAAAAAAUUCCUCUUGGAGUGAGAGUUUGUCCGCAGUUAUUUGAACGCACUCGAGAAGAUGGACCUUAUGACCUUCCAUACAAUGUAGUUGUGGCUGUCAUCACCCAAGACUCUCUUCUCAUCUACAAUACUGAGCAGGAGACUCCUGUUGCUCUCAUCUCCAAUAUUCACUAUACCCGCCUCACUGACUGUGCCUGGUCAGUUAUUUUCCUGUCUCCCAAGCUGUCAGCAGAUGGGAGACUGUUGAUAGUGUCUUCAACAGAUGGAUACUGCUCUGUCAUCACAUUUUCAGCUGGUGAACUUGGAAAACCAUAUAAAGAGGAACAGAAGUAUAAUGCUGCUGAAGAAGAGGAAGAAGAAGAAGAAAUGGAGGAAGAACUCAGAGAAGAUGAGAAGAAGGAUCCUCCAAGAUCUGCACCUAGUAGUAGUCAAGGCUGCUCAGAUGAGAAGCACACAGGUCCAGCUAAUAAUGGGGAGGAAGCCAUGGAGGCAUUAACUCUGAAGGAAGAGAAAGGAAAGCGAGCUACUCUGAUUACAUUGAGUAGUCCCAAAUCCAAGAAGACUGGUCGAAGGGUGCCUCUUGUUACCCUCUCCACCUCCAAGGACAAGGAUGGCACUAUACCUGAUGCCCCAAAGGAUAAGGAUGCUGACAAGGAUGGCACCAGUGAACAGAUGACUGCUUGAGCAUCUCUUCUCUUGGGUCAAUUGAAGAGAUCAUGGGAAACGGCUGGCAUUUUUUUUGUGAUGCCUCUCUUCUCUGUGACAAAUGGUUGACAUGAUUUUAAAAUUGAAAUUAAAGAGACUGGUCUUCAUAGUGUUUGCAUGCUGUUUUGUCUUUUAGUGGGCC